AUGGUAGCCAAGAUAUCCGCCUCGAGCCGCCUCAUCCCCGUUGAACCGCUCCACCCCUCGGCCUUCGCUCCCUUCGGCGAGGUCAUACAGAACCCCGCAACACAUGACAAUCAGCCCAGCCUGAGCACUGUAGAAGCAAAUCAAGGUUCUGCGACAAAAUGCCUGGACGUGACGAGUAUGCGAAAUUGGUACGAGCUCAGCCAGAGCAAGAAACCCGCAAGCGUGAAGAUGAAUAUGUUCGUCUGCCGGCCACGCAAACUACAGAAGCGAAAUGGAGAGGAGGUCUUCGACGUGAAGAUCCUGGAGCGCCAUCCCUUCACGCCGCAGACCUUCGUGCCCCUAGGACUCGCUGGUGGAGACAGGAGCACCAGCUUUCUGGUCAUCGUUGCACCAACGCUACCUCUCAACCCUCGCCUUCGAGAAAAGGAAGGCAUCAUAGACCCAGCAUACCCCGUUCCGGCACCACAGCGGAAACGCAGUCUGCGAGAACGCCUUUUGGGAGCGCGGCCGAAUCCUUUCACCAACGACUUCAUGACCAGCAUUACGGCCACCUCCGAGCCACCGCUCGCUCAUAGACCCAAAGGGCCCGGUCUGCCCGACCUAGACAAUCUCCGCGCUUUCAUCGCUAGAGGUGAUCAGGCUGUUACCUACGGAGCCGGGACUUGGCAUGCGCCUAUGGUUGUGCUUGGCGAGCAGCCAGUCGAUUUCGUGGUGGUUCAGUACAUGAGUGGCGUGGCGUUGGAUGACGUACAGGAGGUCGAGAUCGAGUCUUCUUCGGACGGACUGGCUGUCAACGUCCACGACAUGGCUUUCGCAGAUGCUGGUGGCGUACGAAGCAAGCUGUAA